AUGCCGCAGCGAGCCGCCAGGCGCUACCACGUCUGCAGCGUUUGCGACAAGGUGUUCCUGUACAAGCGGACCCUGAGGAGGCACAGGCGCUUCCACACGGGAGAGAGGCCCCACGGCUGCUCGCUGUGCUCCAGGGCCUUCAUCCUGCGCCGGACGCUGCGGGAGCACACCAGGGCUCACUUCAGGAGGCCCUACAGCUGCACGCAGUGUGAGAAGAGGUUCAAGCACUGGAAGAAGCUGCGGCUGCACUGGCGCUCGCACGCCGGAGAGAGCCCCUUCAUCUGCAGCCGCUGCGGGAAACGCUGCCGGACCCUGAAGAGCCUCGACCGACACCUGGCCUGCGUCAACCACGACUGA